UCCGACGAGGCUCUGUCCUGAGCUACCAGUGCUCCUGGACGGACUGGUUGCCCUGCCCCAUGGACACCCCCUCUGGCCCGUGGGAUCCAGCCCCAGCUUCCAUCAGCAGCCCUUCCUUGCGGCUGCCGAUCCCGGCCAUCGUCUUCAUCGCAGUGGGUGUCUAUUUGUUGCUGCUGGGCCUAGUGCUGCUGACAAGGCACUGCUUGCUGGCCCAGGGCUGCUGCACAGACUGCAGCUCCCCUUGCAGGAAACAAGGUGCCUCGGAGACCCAAGACUGUUGCUGGAGCUGUGCAGAAGCCUGCGACUUCCCUCUGCCCAGUCCAGCCCACUACCUGGAUGCCUGCUGCCCUCACCCCAGCGAAGCUGGUUGGGCUCCUAGCUGCCCUCGCUGCUGCCCGUUGUGUGACUGUGCCUGUGCCUGCCAGCUCCCCGACUGCCAGAGCCUCAACUGCCUGUGUUUCGAGAUCAAGCUCAGAUGAAAGAUGGGGUUGGGGGCCUUCUUUGGGGAGUGGCCAGCCCCCAGGGUCCCCCCUGUAAUGGCCGUCAGGACACCACUACUGGGCUACUGUAAUUACAGAUGGCAGGCCCAGCCUAACUACCUGAGACCCUUAAGUGAAGGGCCCGGUUCCCUGCAGGGCAGGGUUCUGAGAGCCCUUGGACAUCUGAAAAGGGGCUGGUGUUCUGGCCAGUGCCCCUGCACCUGGUCAGUCCCCUCCCCCUCCCUUGAUAAACUGU